AUGACUAAGAAAUUUCAUUCGAGAAGACGUUGGAAACCACCGUUCCCAACAUGGCAGCUUUCCAUCAUCAUCAUUUUGUCUAGCUUAGUAUUAUAUAUCUCAGCUGAAGGAAGUGGUGAAGAUGUUUCAGAUAAAAUAAAGAUAAAUGUGGAAAAGACUCCAUUUAGUCUAAAAUUUUCUAUUGUCGAUAUGGAAAAUUAUGAGCUGCAAAAUGUCACAUGUAAAAAUAAUAAAAACAAUGUUGAAAUUGUUGCAAAUGAGGAAUUUGUUUGUGAAAACUUGGACCCUUGUUCAUCAUAUUUUGCCGUACUUACCGUAAAGCAGCUGAACGAGGAGGCGCAAACAUUGGUAGAAAUAACCAAAGAGGAAAGUACGGAAUACACAGAGCCAUCUACAAAAAUUGAAAACAUAGAUCCCUCACCGGAUUCAAUAAAUAUGACCUGGCAUUCGGAACAUCGAACGUGUAUUUUAAAUUUCCUGAUCGAAGCCAAAUCGCUUGACAAUUCGUUAAUUUUUAAGUGGACAGUCACGAAUGAUAUUGCCUUCCUAAAAAUGGAGGGUUUAAAUCCCUGUCAGGACUAUGUCAUUCAAUUGAAGACCUUCGACAUCAGUAAUAAUUUAAUUGAUACCAGUCCAGCUAAUGCCCGUACUGAAUAUAUGGAACCGGGCAAUGUGUCGUUGUUAAUCACCAAUAACACCAACGCCGAGACGAAGGUAACAUGGGAACUGGAAUCUCCAACUACAUGCGUAAAUUUUUACUACCUCAAAUGGACACUGUUGGACUGUGUUCCUGGUGAAGCGGACAACUUGGUUGAAGUUACAACGGUAAUUCCAGAAGCUGGUAUUAACAAGUGUGAAGCUGAUCAAAAUAUUACUGAUCCAACGGCCAAAGAAUUCACAAUUACUGGACUUCAGGGUUGCGAACUUUACGAUGUUGAGUUUUUCAUAAACAAUGUGGACACGCCAAAAACUCAAAUGCAAUUCAUGUCAUCGGAAAAGGUUCCCGGUGCCGUUACAAUUAGUUCAACAGAUACUGGAAGUACCACUGCCAAUCUCUAUUGGAAUCCUCCGGUACAAAAUCCCAAAUGUGUAGACUAUUAUAUUGUAGAGUUUAUUGGACCAAUUGUUCGACCCAUAUCAUAUGGACCAUUUUAUGUUGCCGACACAGUGGCCAAUUUUGAUGGCCUGGAACCAUGUGGAGAAUAUAAUUAUACCAUUGUGCCCAAGUCUUUAAAUGGUUCGCAUGGUGAAGAGUUUAGUAAAAACUUUAAUACCUUGGAAGGAAGACCAACUGUUGUACGUAAAAAAGAUGUUGUCGCCCAUCCAUUCUCCUUGGAUAUCUCCUGGGAUCCACCGGAAUUUGCCGAUUUAUGCGUAACUGGCUAUCGUUUGUCCGGUUGGGACGAUGAGGAUAAUGAAGUUUCUGCUUUUGAUAAGAAAACGACAAAUACCAGCAUAACCAUUGAGGGUUUAAAGGCCUGCGUUACAUAUACUAUUCAGAUUAUACCCACCACCAAGUCCAUGAAUGAUGGUGAAUUAUUGCACAUUGAAUCGGAAACUAAAUCGAAGGCAGCCGAUGCACCGGAAGUCGAUGUAUUGGCCGUAUAUCCUGAUCGUUUUGCCAUUAGUGCCCGUGAAUCGGAUAAGAAUAAUAAAUGUGAGACAAUUUUUGCACGAAUUGUUUGUGAAGCACGUAGUGAUGCUCCGAUAAAGAAAGCCGAAAAAUAUGUCAAAGGCCAACUGGUAAUACUAUUCAAUACGGAUAUCGGUCCACUGUCACCCUACACCGAUUAUUAUUGCAAUGCUGCACUUUACAACAUUGGUGGUUGGUCGGCAAAUAAGACAUUUGUCAAGAAAACUGAGGCCUAUUUUCCUGAUAAACCGGAAAAUGUAACGGUAACAACCCAAACCAAUAGUACAUUGAAAUUUACAUGGAAUGCUCCCAGAUAUCCGAAUGGCAACAUCAACAUGUACAUCACCUAUUUCAAACGUGUCGAAGCCUCCUACUUCAUACCCAAGGAUUGUGGCACGACCAGCUCAGAUAUGGUACCGCGUGAAACAUCCCGGCUGGAACUGGCAUUCGACGACCUGCAACCGUAUACAAGAUACAGCAUUCAAGUGGCAGCUAAAAAUGAGUUCGGCAUCAGUGAAACUACCGCGCCCACCAUGAUUUCCACCAUGCCAUGGAUUUCGGAACGUAUUCAAAGGGUAACUGCCACGGCGGAGGGUCCUUUGGAAACCGAUUUGGAGUAUAAGGCAAAAGCAAUGAUCUCUUGGAGUUCGCCAUGUAAAUCGAAUGGCGAUAUUGAAUAUUUCCUACUGGACUUCACCGGAAAACGUGAGGGUUACGAGAACCAGCAUAUUGUGCGUGAAAUAAAACCGGACUAUUCCAAUGACGGCCUUAUUACUUACAACGAAACUGAGCUAAAGCCCGAAUAUCGUUAUACCGUGAGUGCAUCGGUGAAGACAUUUGGUGUGGAAUAUUUAAGUGAAAAUGCCUAUGCAACAUUUGAUGCUCCCGCUGGAAUUCCUCAACGAUUGGAUACUGAGGCCAUGAGAAAAGCUCGUGUUGAGGCUUAUGAAAGCAGUAACCCCUCAAAAAUCGCCGUUGUACGUUUUCCAGCUGAUAUUUUACAAUCGGAAUAUGGAACCAUAUUAUAUGUGGCAUUACUGCUAUCCGAGAAAGACUGUGAUCGUGACUCAAUGCAAUUAAGAUACGGUGCCAUGGAUACGAGUGUUAACUGGCCUACGGUAAAGACCUGGAGUGAAGUAUAUGGUGAUAAAAAUGUCGAAUGUAUUGCUCAGUAUCAAACGACACCGAUACGUUGGAAGCCUCCGGAUCCCCGAGGACAAUCAUCAAGUGAAAUUGAGUAUGUGAUUGGGACAGAAGAUUGUGUCAGUGAGACGAACCGCUACUGUAAUGGACCCCUUAAACCUGAUACUGAAUACAAUUUGAUAAUACGACUUUUUACCAAAUCGGGUUAUAACGAUGCCGCCCUGCUGGAGUUUAGAACAGAGGCUCUAAUUGAACUAACCAUAAUUUUGGCUGGUGUCUCCAGUUGUUUGCUUUUGGCCUUUAUAGCCGGUUUCGUUUAUCUUUGGAUCACGAAACGUAUAAAGUGGCAACGUGAAUCGUGUCAUGGCAUAGAGGAUUCGUUUGGUGAUAUUGCCUCGAAGAAAUUUGCUAUGUAUUAUCGUGAAUUAUCGAAACCGGAUAAAAUCGCACGUGAAUUUAAAGAAUUGACAGCAGUGGCGCUGGAUUUAAGUUAUUCAGCAUCGGAAAUGGGUUAUAAUAAAAAUCGAUAUGCCGACAUUUUUCCAUAUGAUAAAAAUCGUGUUAUUCUGGAUAUUGAUGCCGAUGGUUCUGACUAUAUUAAUGCAUCUUUUAUUGAUGGUUAUCGCAGACGUAAGGAAUAUAUUGCAACCCAGGGGCCAAAACCAGAAAGUACCACCGAUUUUUGGCGUAUGGUAUUACAGCAUAAUGUUCGCGUCAUUGUUAUGGUAACACAAUUUCGAGAAGGCGAUGUGAUCAAAUGCCACGAGUAUUAUCCGUACAAAUCGAAGGGCAUUAACGUCACCGAAAAGAAAAAGGAAACUUUCGAUCUUUACGACCGCACAGAAUUGUCCGUUGUCCAUGAAAUGUUCGGUCUGAAACAGAAAGUGGUACAUUUCUAUUUUAAGAAAUGGCCAGAUUAUGGUGUACCCACCGAUCCCAUGCAUUUGAUAACAUUUGUGCGUAAAGUUAAGGCCGAAAAGAUUCCCAGCUAUUCGCCAAUAGUGGUGCAUUGCAGCGCCGGAGUGGGCCGUACUGGUACCUUCAUUGGUCUAGACAUUAUCAUGCAACGACUUAAGAAUGAAUCGAAAGUAAAUAUAUACGAAACGGUCAAGAAGUUGCGUUUCCAGCGCAUGAAAAUGGUUCAGAGUCUGGCCCAAUACACAUUCCUCUACACAUGUACCUAUGAGUUGGUCAAACACAAGAAUCCGCAACGGACCAAUGAAAAGCCUGACACGCGUAGGAGACCCAUCACCGAAAGUGAUGCAGAAAAUGCCAGCAGUACCUCAGCAAAUGGCAUUAACUCCGUUCGUAAUGCUGCCGAUAUGAGCUCGCUGAGUGAUAAUCGCCAGCAAACCUUAGAUAGGUCAUCAAAUGUCCAUGAAAACAACGAGAGUUUUAUGUAG